CUUCAGUAAAAUCAAUAAUUCAGUACUCAAUACGCCUUUAGCGAAUAAGCAUGUCGUCUCCUAUUCGUGAUGUCAAUGAUCUUCCUGAAGAUCCAAGUUUGAAAGAAAGUGAGUCUCAAUCCCAAUCCCAGAACCAAAGGGAUCAAGGUUCCUCUUCACCUUUGUUAUUUGCCCCUACUUCUUCCAACCCCCCAUCUGAUGCAAACAACCAUCAUAGCUCCCAAAGAAAUGAUGUUUCCUCGCCACUUCAUUUCACUUCUGACACCAGCCACCAACAUUCUGACACUCGUGGUGGUUCCCAGCGUCUCAGAUCCGACAGGUUAACUAGUGACGUUGACAGAAUCGUCAGAAGACAUAAUAGAAGUGAUUUACAUGAUGCCAAUUCUUCGCCUAGUAGAAGAAGGUUGUUUGUUGAAUCCGAUCCACCUAGUCGUCAAAGAUCGACGUUAUCAUCAUCUUUCAGUUCUGAUAUUCCCUCGCCAGCUGCCGGUGAAGAUACAAGAGUUAUUUGGGGUACUAAUGUUUCUUUAAGAGAAUGUGCUGAGACUUUUAGAGAUUUCUUAAUGACUUUCAAAUUAAAGUACAGAAAAUUGUUGGAUAGUCAACCGGUUGAUCCUGAAGACAAUGACUUGUAUUAUAUCAAUCAAUUGAAUAAUAUUAGAGAUUUGGGAUUAACUAAUUUGAACUUGGAUGCUAAAAACUUAUUAUCAUACCCUUCAACUAAAAGAUUAUACUAUCAGCUUAUCAAUUAUCCACAAGAAGUUGUUCCAAUUAUGGAUCAAAUCUUCAAAGAUUCAAUGGUUUCUUUAGGUCACGAACAUUCUAAUGUUAAUAUUGAUGAAAUUGAAACCAAUCACUAUACUGUACGUCCUUUUAAUAUAAAUGCUGCAAAGAGAGGUAUGAGAGAAUUAAAUCCAAAUGACAUCGACAAAUUAGUUAGUGUUAAAGGUUUAGUCCUUCGAGCAACUUCAAUUAUCCCUGAUAUGAAGGUUGCAUUUUUCAAAUGUAAUGCUUGUGAUCAUACAGUAGCAGUCGAAAUCGAUAGAGGGGUUAUUACUGAACCAACUAAAUGUCCAAGAGAAGUUUGUCAACAAUCUAAUUCUAUGGUUAUUAUUCAUAAUCGUUCUUCUUUUGCCGAUAAACAAGUUAUUAAAUUACAAGAAACCCCAGAUUUAGUCCCUGACGGACAAACUCCACACUCUAUCAACUUGUGUGUUUAUGAUGAUUUAGUUGACUCUUGUCGUGCUGGUGAUCGUAUUGAAGUUUGUGGUAUUUUUAGAUCUAUCCCAGUUAGAGUUAACUCAAGACAAAGAGCCUUAAAGAAUUUGUAUAAAACUUAUUUAGAUGUUGUUCAUAUUAAGAAAAUUGAUAAAAAAAGAUUAGGAGCUGAUCCUUCUACCUUGGAUGAAUCAACUACUCAAGAACAGGAAGUGGAACAAGUAAGAAAACUUACUCCUGAAAAUAUUCAAGAAAUAAAAGAUGUAUCCCAACGUGAUGAUUUAUAUGAAGUUUUAGCCAGAUCAUUGGCACCUUCAAUUUAUGAGAUGGAUGACGUUAAAAAGGGUAUUUUACUUCAAUUAUUUGGUGGUACUAAUAAAACUUUUACAAAAGGUGGUAGAUAUAGAGGUGAUAUUAAUAUUUUAUUGUGUGGUGAUCCAUCUACUUCUAAAUCUCAAUUGUUACAGUAUGUUCAUAAAAUAGCACCAAGAGGUGUUUACACUUCUGGUAAAGGUUCAUCGGCUGUUGGUUUAACUGCUUACAUUACUAGAGAUGUUGAUACCAAACAAUUAGUAUUAGAAUCAGGUGCUUUAGUUUUAUCUGAUGGUGGUGUUUGUUGUAUUGAUGAAUUUGACAAAAUGAGUGAUUCAACUAGAUCUGUUUUACAUGAAGUUAUGGAACAACAAACUAUAUCUAUUGCUAAAGCAGGUAUUAUUACCACUUUAAAUGCAAGAACCUCUAUUUUAGCUUCUGCCAAUCCAAUCAACUCUAGAUAUGACCCAAAUUUACCAGUCACCUCCAAUAUUGAUUUACCACCACCAUUAUUAUCCAGAUUUGAUUUGGUUUAUUUAAUUUUGGAUAAGGUUGAUGAGAAUAUCGAUAGACAAUUGGCUAGACACUUGACUGAUAUGUAUUUAGAAGAUGCUCCUGAUACAGUUACUGAAAAUACUGUUUUACCGGUUGAAUUUUUAAGUAUGUAUAUUCAAUAUGCCAAAGAAAAUUGUCAACCAGUCAUGACUGAAGAAGCUAAAAAUGAAUUAGUAAGAGCUUAUGUUGAUAUGAGAAAAUUAGGUGAUGAUAGUAGAUCAUCAGAAAGAAGAAUUACUGCUACUACUAGACAAUUGGAAUCUAUGAUUAGAUUGGCUGAAGCACAUGCUAAAAUGAGAUUGAGUGAAACAGUUAAUCUUAUCGAUGUUAAAGAAGCAGUCAGAUUGAUCAAAUCCGCUAUCAAAGACUAUGCCACUGAUCCAAUCACCGGUAGAAUCGAUAUGGAUAUGGUCCAAACAGGUACUACUUCCGCUCAAAGAAGAAUUCAAGAAGACUUAAGUAAUGAGGUUAUGAAGGUGAUUGAAGAAAAUGACAACACCAUUAGGGUCAAUGAAUUAGCAAUCAAAUUAAAUGAAAGAGGUACCGUUAGGGUCGAGAAUCAUGAUAUAAAUGAGUGCCUCAAAAGAUUACAACAAGAAGGUAAGAUUGUGGAAACUGGUGAUAGUCAUAGAAGAACUGUCAGAAAAGUUUCGAUCAAUUAGUCUAUUUGGGUUUGGUUAUCUUUAUUUGGUUAUCUUUAUUAAUAUUUUUAAUUCUCUUCAGUUCUUCAGUGUA